UUAAUACUGGCUUUAACACGUAUUAUUUGAUGCUAUAACAGACUUCGUGGCUUUGUAAAUCAGACUUGAAUGAAAUCACUUCCAGUGACCAAAUAAUAUUUAUUUCAUAAUGUAUGGAAGGAGGUCCCUCCUGGCUGCAGAGCCUCAUCUUGUAUCAUAUGUUAAUGAAGUUAAUGGUGGAGCUCCAGUGACAGCCGGCUGCUGAAGACCAAUCAGAGAGCUCGCAGAUGGAAGGCAGUAUGUUUGAGGCUCUGCAGGCAGGAGGUGUUUGAAGAACCAUGUCAGCUCCUCCAAUGAUGUAAAGAAGGAUCCCUUUCGCUUUUAUCCGAUUUUUUACCUCCUAUACAGCUGUGAAACAUGCACACUGCAACUCAUCACUGCGGGGAACGUUUUUUCACCAACAAUUCAUUGGACUUAAGUGUGGAUUUGUUCCAAGUUUUCCUCGCUGUCCGACAGAACUCAUGAAAACACUCUUCAGAGCGACGGGUUUAUGGACUCGCGUAUUAGCUAAUGAUGUCUAUGGGUUUCAUGCCUGACAGUCUGAAUGCCUCAGAUCCCUCCAAAUCGGCCUUUCUAGAGUUUGGCCACGGACAUCCGACGCACCAGCAGCACUCCCCCGGACUCUCUCACAUUUACCCGGUUCAUGGCUUGCACGCUGCCGGGCAUUCCCAGCACGAAAGUCCUUUUCCUGGCAGCGCGUCCUAUGGCCGCUCUUUGGGCUACGCCUACCCCGGCGCGGUUAACACUCAUCCCCCGUCUGCUUACAUGCCCUACCAGCACAGCAAUCACAGCAACGGCAGCAGCCUGGCCCACAGCAGAUUAGAACAGACAGAUCGCGAGAAGUCAGCGGUGAUUGAGAGCAGGGACAUUCGUCUAAAUGGCAAGGGCAAGAAGAUCCGGAAGCCUCGGACCAUCUACUCCAGCCUGCAGCUGCAGGCUCUGCACCAGCGCUUCCAGCAGACCCAGUACCUGGCCUUACCGGAGCGCGCCGACCUGGCGGCCAAACUGGGGCUCACCCAGACUCAGGUGAAAAUAUGGUUUCAGAAUAAGCGCUCCAAGUAUAAAAAGAUCAUGAAGCAUGGCAGCGGAUCAGAGGGAGAACAUCUCCACAGCACCAGCUCCAUCUCCCCCUGCUCCCCCGGGCUGCCCCAACUUUGGGAGGUUUCCAUGGCGAACAAAGGAGCCUCGAUGCACCCAAACAAUUACAUGAACAGUUUUGGUCACUGGUAUCCAAACCACCACCACCCUCAUCAGGACGCGAUGCCCAGGCCUCAGAUGAUGUGAGUUGAGUGGGUUGUGUGUUUUUUUUUUCGGUGCCAGGUGCUCGGGCCUGGAAGAAGCGCACUUGCAGGCUGCACUGAACUCACUGGUUUCCCUCAAGGCCUCCUCACACGAGAACUGAACUUUGUUUAAAUGUGUGAUUAAUAGAACUUGUUCAUAUUCACUGUAUUUCGUGUGCGUUUGGAAUUAUAAUUUCACUGCAAAAUCCUACCAGGCAUUAAAUGCUUUCUUUUCUUUUUUUUAAAAAAAAACAUAGAUUUGUUAUAAUGUCGCUGCAACCUCUAUUGCACGGCCUCAACUCACUGACAUGUGGAUUAUAGUGUUUGCAGUUUACUAAGAGACUCUGGAUAAAGGAGCUUUAAAAAUAUUUUGUGUGCACGGGUGUAUUUUAUUAGUAACAGGGUUUCAGCUGCAUGGUCCAACAAAUGCUACACGAGCGUUAUUCAAAUAAAUGUCUGCCGGAGUGACGGUAUUAUGAUUAAUUUGUCCUG